AAAGAGAAAAGUGGUGGGUUUAUUAUGGUUUAUCCGCCGCUCUUUGUUUUCUCCGCUUUCUCAUUUUCCUCCUAACUCCCAACGGACUCUACGAGGUUCAUCUCUUUCUUUUAUAACUUCUUCUUCUUCAGAUCUCUCUGCUUCUUCUUCUUCUCUACAAUUCCAUUUGCUCUCUCUCUCUCUCUCUCAAAAUGCAAUCCUCUCUCUCACUCUCUUUCUCUCCCACCUCCUCUGCCACCACAAUCUCCAGAUCACAUCACUCUUUUCCACUCUCCACUGCCACCAAACCUCUCAACCUCCGUUUCUGCGGUCUCAGACGCGAGGCUUUGGGUUUAGGCUUUUCAACUUCUCUCAACCGUAAUCUCCACCAGCAGCAGCUUCCCCGCAGUCAAUACUCCGCCGUAGUAUCCGCUGCACGUUCAGACAAUGGCAGCACUUCUGGAUCAUCCUUCGAUUAUGAUUUGUUGAUUAUUGGUGCUGGUGUUGGUGGUCACGGUGCUGCUCUUCACGCUGUUGAAAAGGGAUUGAAAACAGCUAUAGUGGAAGGAGACGUGGUGGGAGGGACAUGUGUAAACAGAGGCUGCGUUCCUUCUAAAGCUCUUUUAGCUGUUAGCGGUCGUAUGCGAGAACUAAAGAGUGAUCAUCACUUGAAAUCCUUAGGCUUACAUGUUUCUUCUGCUGGGUAUGAUAGACAAGGAGUAGCUGAUCAUGCUAAUAAUCUUGCUUCAAAAAUCCGUAGUAAUUUGACAAACUCCCUAAAAGCGAUAGGAGUAGACAUACUUACAGGUUUUGGUACUGUAGUGGGUCCUCAAAAGGUGAAGAUUGGCUCUUCAGACAACAUAGUAACUGCAAAAGAUAUCAUCAUUGCCACUGGUUCUGUUCCUUUUGUUCCUAAGGGUGUUGAAGUUGAUGGGAAGACUGUAAUUACCAGUGACCAUGCACUCAAACUGGAGUCUGUUCCCGAAUGGAUAGCAAUUGUAGGAAGCGGUUAUAUUGGCCUCGAAUUCAGUGAUGUAUAUACGGCACUUGGAAGCGAGGUUACUUUUGUUGAAGCUUUAGAUCAGCUUAUGCCUGGAUUUGAUCCUGAAAUCAGCAAGCUGGCUCAAAGGGUUCUUGUAAAUCCCCGUAAUAUUGAUUAUCAUACCGGAGUGUUUGCAUCCAAGAUUACGCCUGCAAGGGAUGGAAAACCUGUCUUGAUUGAGCUUAUUGAUGCAAAAACUAAGGAACCAAAGGACACUUUGGAGGUCGAUGCUGCACUAAUAGCAACUGGAAGGGCUCCAUUCACAGAAGGUCUAGGACUGGAGAAUGUUGAUGUGGCAACACAGCGAGGUUUUAUUCCUGUGGACGAGCGCAUGCGUGUAAUUGAUGCUAAUGGCAAGCUGGUACCUCAUUUAUACUGUAUUGGAGAUGCAAAUGGAAAAAUGAUGCUUGCUCAUGCUGCCAGUGCACAAGGAAUUUCCGUUGUUGAACAAGUCACUGGAAGAGAUCAUGUGCUCAAUCAUUUAAGUAUCCCAGCUGCAUGUUUCACUCAUCCUGAAAUCAGCAUGGUUGGAUUGACAGAGCCUCAAGCAAGGGAGAAAGGUGAAAAGGAAGGGUUUGAAGUUAGUGUUGCUAAAACAAGUUUUAAAGCCAACACGAAAGCCCUAGCAGAAAAUGAAGGGGAGGGACUUGCCAAGUUGAUAUACAGACCUGACAAUGGAGAGAUCCUAGGAGUUCAUAUUUUUGGUUUGCAUGCAGCAGAUCUUAUUCAUGAAGCAUCAAAUGCUAUAGCAUUAGGAACACGUAUUCAGGACUUAAAACUUGCGGUUCAUGCACAUCCAACUCUGUCUGAGGUUCUUGAUGAGCUAUUUAAAUCAGCAAAGGUUAAAGAACACGCUUCUAUCCCAGGACUUCCAAAAUAUUACGCACCUUCAGGCGGAAGAGACGAGCACAUUCAGAAUCCUGUAAAAGAAGGGAACUGUAUGCGGGAGAGCACCACUGGCCUGAUAAUGGAUAUCCAACGAAUAUUACUUGUAUUGAUAGAUUUUUUUCUUUAUAUUUUUUUUUUUUGGUAGAAUUUUUUUUUCUUUAUAUUUAUAGAGCGUUUCACAGAUACUUCUAUUUAAUAUUAUUGUUCUUUUUAGACUAGUUUGCUUUUCCUUGUUGUAGUCAUUGAGAAGGUCUUUGAAAGUGGCCUAUUUUUUUGGUUUAGUUUUCACCCUCCCAAUACAUAUGUACGAUAACAGUUUUCUGAAAUUUAUAAUGAUAUGCAAGUAUUUAAUUUUAGGAUUUAA